CAUUUACUUCUCACAUGUGUAGGAAGCAUAAAGCAUGCUCCCCUGAUGGUAUUGCUGACAUGUACAGGGAAACUCACCCUCAGCCCCCAAAGGUCAUUGCCAGUACAGAUGAUUCAGAAAACACACACAAAGUCAUGCCAACAGCUAGUGCAGCCAGUGAUAUGCCAGAGAAUGAUAGUCAGUCUUAUCUCAGAAACAUGUCUAUUUUACCUUAAGCUGCAAGGACAGCUGCUUAUUCCUGCCUCUACUAUACAGACUAUUGUUGAGGAAAUGCAAAAUGUGCACGAGUUAGGUCAAGCCUACACAAUAAUAAUAAGUUCUUGAAGCAGAUGAAGCAGUCACUAAAAUCUGUGACUGCAUUAAAGAGUCAGAUUUGUUCUCUGCCUGUCAUCAGGAACAAUUAAGAACAAUAUACACUAUUUAAAUACACAGAACCCCAAAAAGUGACAUUGGGAAUGGAUGAAAACAUGACACUAAAAUUUGCUUACUACAUACCAGUGGCGGAAACUCUGAUGAGCUUUUUGCAGUCACAUUUAUGGAAGAAUACACAGUCACAACAUUUUGGAGAUCCUGAUGAAGAGGUUUUUACGAAUUUAUAUGAUGGACAAAAUUUCAAAUGUCACCUGUUCUUUAAUGAAAACCCUUAAAGCCUCAAACUGAUUUUGUACCAAGAUUCAUUUGAAGUUGUGAAUCCCCUGGGUUCUGCUAAAAAAAACGCACAAAGUUCUUGCAGUCUAUCUUUCAUUAGCAAAUUUACCCAUUCAUUUGCGUACAAAUACUGAUCAUAUGUUUUUAGUCUUGUGUGUUGAGAAUGACUUAAAGCAUUUUGGAAUAGCCAAAGUUUUCUCACAGUUCUUGGCAGAUCUGAAAUCCUUGGAGUCAGAUGGAAUAAUUGUAGAUGGAGAAACAGUAAAAAGGGGGUCUUUACUGCAUUGCUGGUAAUAACCUUGGUUCUCAUUCCAUUGGUGGGUUUACAGAAAACUUCAGCCGCUCUCAAUAUUUUUGCAGGUACUGUGACAUCAUGAGAAGUGAGUUUGAGGCUGAUCCAAAUGCCUGUGGUACUCCACGCACCCCGGAGAUGUAUGACACAGCUGUUGCUGAUCUCCAGGCUGAAAACAUACAAGACGUCAGAGGAAUAAAGUACAAAUAUGAGUGACUCAGAGCGAAAAUUCCUAGAUAUUGCCAUCAUGGAAGCCCUACCAGAACUUCAAGCAGUAAACAAAAACAUCCUGGAAGAGCACUUGCAGUCCAUUGGAGUCGAGAUGUAUGAUGAUCUACACUUCGUAAAGGAGGCUGAUUUGAUGACAGUAUUAAGACCUGUACGAGCCAGAAAGCUUCUUCCUGCUUGGAAACAGAAAUACCAAACUCCGGAGAAGAGCUCACUAUCAUCUGUGGAAGCCUCACCUACCCAAUUGCUGUCAUCGCUCUCUUUCACCCCAAAGUUCAUCGUCUACCUCCUCCAGCAGCCCAGGACUUCACACGCAGUGGGAUGACGACUUUGAAAUUCCAUGGAGUAAAUUUCCUGAGGAAGCGAAGGAUGCAUUCUUUGGAGAGGGGGAAAAGGCCAGGUCCAAAACUGAGGAGGCAAAUGGUCCGGAUUGUUGUGACUGAGAUGAUGGAAAAAUGCCCUCAUGUUGGUAAAAAGCAUUCAACUGACGUUGCAAAAAAAUGGUGGAAAAAUAUCCCAAUUCUCUGCAAGAUGUAAUAGAGGGCAAUAUUGUUGGAACAGGCUACCAUUCCCUUGUCAAACAGUUGCAAAACAGAAUCGAAAAUGUGAGGCACACUUCAACACCCAAAAUAAGAAAAAGAAAACAUCAGGCUGAUGAGUCAGACCACACAGACGAGAUCCCAUUAGAAGAGAGAGCAGCAAUGCAGGACACUUACGGAUGCAUUAAAUGGAAUCUAAAGUUUCUGCCCCAUGAAGAAACUCAAGAAAGCCAGCAGCAAAAGAUGGAAAAACUCAAGGAGAUGUUCCAACACUCUGAUGCCAAUCCAGAGGAGGUAAAAUGUCUAAUGAAGUCCACUUUUUACACACAGCGUCAACAUGUCAACCAGGGAAAAAGUUGAAAAGCCUUAGAGAGGAGUGGCCGUAUUGGUUUGACGAACUUGGCAUGUCAGUUCACUUCAAGGAACUCACUGGGAUUGACCUCAAAGAGACAUUCACACGAAAUUUGGAUUUGAAGGGAAAAAGGCUUCUCAACUACAUGACCACAGUUUAUGUCAGCAAGAGUAAUAAGUUCCUUCAGACUUAUGCAAGGCUUCAGAGGAUGCGGGGACAGCAGAGUGGCUGCUCAGAUGAUGUGAAAAAGAUGCUCCUGCUUCUGCUCAGCUACUUUGACGAGAAGGAGGAGUCCAUGUUCUUCCAUGUAGAAGAUAGAUGUCUGGCAGAAGAGGUCCAACUGGAGCAAGUACCUCUGACACCCACUGUUAUCGUCUGUGAACAGUCCUGCUAUUCCUCAACAAGGUACAUGCUGAGUCUGGAUCGGAACCUUAUCAACACAAACAUCUCCUCCUUUAUUUCUGCAUUGUGCCUCAUGUUUGGGAGCUACUUCUGUUUCAACAUUCAUUAUCCAUCUGAGCUGGCUUCAACUCUGGAGUUUCUUCAAAGGUGUUUUUUCUCGAUAAACCCAGAAAAAGGAACCAUAGUGGAGAAUAAAAAGCGUCGUCUCAACGUGAACCCUCAAGUCCUCACCCUGAUACAGGAUCUCUCCGAUCACGAGUGGCGUUAAGCCUAAAUAUGGACUCUUUCUGUGCACUCGGACUGUUUGUUUGAGAAGAGGUACUGUUAGUUUUUGCUUUGUUCAAUCCACAAUGUUUACUAUGGCAAUUAAGGCACAACAUGUAAUUUUUGUUUUAAAGUCUUAAAGGUGUUACUUUUUCUGGUAGAGGGUCUGCCACCUGCUUGUUUCAUGAAGAUGUUCGUGCUUUGUAGGAUUGUUCCACAGUAUCGUAUAAAACUUACCUAUGUUGCAUUUAUUUGAUUAGAAUUGUUUUUAUUGCUAAAAAAUACCUUAACAAAUGUGAAUUCUUACUUUGAGGGGGCUUACCUCUCCACAGAUCUGACCUUGGCCUGUUGGCAUCACCUGAUUGUCUCCAUGGAGAUAGAUAAAUUACAUGGUAACAUCUAAGCAUGUAAACAAAAUUUUUGGUUGUUGUUAUGCGCCUGACACUUAAACUUGGUUAAAGUGACAUAAAAAUGUUCAGAUUUAAAGAGGCUAAUCUUUUGGUGUAUUUCAACUUGGAUUCAGUCAGUUAAAAGAAUCAUUACAUGUAGCUUGUUUACAUGUUGUAUACGUUGAAAAAAAAAUUCAUAUUAACGAUGGCUGUUAAAUAAAUUUCC